AUGCCGGAAUUAAUAUUAGAUGAAAAACCGAAAUCAUCGGAACAAAUUGAUUUAGAGGAAGCCGAAAAUGCAUUAUUAGGGAAAGAUUAUAAAACUGCAAAAGAAUUAUUAGAAAAAUUGGUUAAAUUAGAAGUGAAAGUUGACGAUGAAGAAUCAAUACGAAUUAAAGAAUCAGCUAUGCUUUCACUUGGAAAAGUUUUCAAGGAAACAAAAGAUGCUAAAGCGUUGGCAUCAUUAAUCAAAACAAAUCGUUCAUUUCUUGGUCUUGUAAGCAAAGCUAAAGCAGCUAAACUCGUUCGUACACUAGUGGAUUUAUUUCUUGAUAUGGAGGCGGGCACUGGUGAAGAGGUUACAUUAUGUCAAGAAAAUAUCGAAUGGGCAAAAAAUGAAAAUCGAACAUUUCUUCGACAAGAGCUUGAAGCACGUCUCGUAGCUUUAUAUUUUGAUACGAAAAAAUACAACGAAGCACUUAUACUUGGCUCUCAAUUGUUGAAAGAAUUAAAAAAACUUGACGAUAAACAGCUACUUGUCGAAGUGCAACUAUUGGAAAGUAAAACUUAUUUUGCUUUAAGUAACAUACAAAAAUCAAGAGCUGCAUUAACAUCAGCAAGAACAACAGCCAAUGGAAUCUAUACGCCACCAAAACUUCAAGCUAGUCUUGAUUUACAAUCAGGAAUUCUUCAUGGAGCUGAAGAUAAAGAUUUUAAAACAGCAUUUUCAUAUUUUUAUGAAGCAUUCGAAGGUUAUGAUCAAAUCAAUAAUAGUAAAGGUGUUACUGCUCUUAAAUAUAUGCUACUAUCAAAAGUUAUGAUGAAUGCACCUGAUGAUGUUAAUGCGUUGAUGUCGGUAAAACUAGCGUUAAAAUAUGGUGGUCGAGAUGUUGAUGCAAUGAAAGCAAUUGCACAAGCAAGUAAAAAGCGAUCAUUAGCUGAUUUUCAACAGGCCUUGAAAGAUUACAAUUCAGAAUUAUCUGAGGAUCCGGUUGUUCAUUCACAUUUGGGAACGUUAUAUGAUAAUUUACUUGAACAAAAUCUUACUCGUCUUCUCGAACCAUUUUCAAAUGUUCAAAUCGAACAUAUUGCACGUUUAAUUAAUUUAUCCCAAGAUAUUGUCGAAAAAAAACUAUCUCAAAUGAUUUUAGAUAAGAAACUUCAUGGCAUUCUUGAUCAAGGCUCUUCAAAUAUUGUUAUCUUUGAUGAAACACCAACAGAUACUCAAUAUCAAGAUGCACUUGUUAUUGUUCAAAAUAUGUCAAAAGUGGUUGAUACACUCUUUAGUAAAACCAAGAAACUUUCUUAG